AUGGGAAAAUUCACGGGUGAUACGGACACGAAUCCCCGAGGCAACCUCUUGAAAAAUUGGUGCAACUUUCACCAACUCGACAAUUUGAACAGCAUACACGCAUAUGGAACACCGACAUUCAUUACAGCACGCAGUGGAUAUGAGAUCAGCAGCAUUGUCGACUACUUUUUGACCAACAGCAACGACCUCAUACAGCCGACAAUGCACGUGGCAACAGAGCUUUCAUUGGGAUCGGAUCACAAGUUGAUGACAUUGUCUUUUGGAUACAGACCAGCAAAUGCAGCAAACAAUAGCGAAUCAACACACUCUUCAAGUUCACCACGGCGUAUGUGGAAUCUUUCAAGGCUACAGGAACCAGAAGUAAGAGAUUUGUAUUGCGACACAUUUACCUCCUUGUCAGCACCACUAUUACAGGACCUAUCAUCAAUCCAAUCAGCUGCACCAACCACACAGCCGCCUAUAGAUGAUCUCAAUGGCAGGCUCAAUGAUAUCGUUUAUAAGGCACUGGAUACAGCUGUGGGCUCACGACAAGCAAGACCCAAAUAA